CCUCAUCAGAGACAAAACGCUCUGAUCUCUGUCCACAGACGUCUCCCCGCCCAGUGGCGUCCCGGAGGCCUUCGUCAUGAACGCAGACGACUCAUCCUUUCCUGUGAAGGUCCAGGGGGCGGGCCUGGAGAUGUUUGAGAUGCAGGUGCACGGUUUCUGGCAGGUUCAGGACACGGUCAUGGCCCUCACGGCCCGGGAGGAGGUGUGUCCACGCUCCAGCUUCUCAUUGGCUCUCGCCGGUGCACCCCUGGACCCCCUGGUGGAUCUGAAGAGCCUGAGGGGUCUCAGGCCAGGAUCCGUCCUCCGCCUGGUUGAAGAGCCCUACUCCCCCCACUCCGCCAGGGCCCACCUGGGCCGCGUGCUGGAGCUGCUCAGGACCUCGGGACCCCAAGACGCCCUGAAGGAAGGGCGGUCCCCCAGCGUCCUGGAGACGCUCACAAACAGCCCAGGUGCUGCCAAAGACGGGGGGUCUCCCACCGGCCGGAGCCUGAAGCGCUCCCUCAGCGUUCCCAAAGCAGAGGCUGGGGUCCAGGAUGGAACGCCCCCGGAAUACCUGCUCCCGGGGUCCCUGGAGAGGCCCCUCAUGGCCCUGCUGCCGCACAGCUCCCAGACAGAGGGCUCCGUCUAUCUCAGGGACUUAUCCCUCAGCUGUUGGAAUCCACCGCCCGGCCACAGGAAGCUGCAGGGGGACUUCCUGUACGUUACCGUGGUGACCCUUGAAGGAAGCCGCUAUGACGUCACGUCGUGUCCAAAAGGAUUCUAUGUCAAUAGGUCCACAGAAGAGGUGUUCGACCCCCGUCCCGUUCAGGCGUCUCCCCUCUGCCACUGUUUCACCGACCUGCUCUGUCACCUCAGCCCGGCCUUCAAACAAGCCCUCUCCACCGCGAAGACCAGGGCUCAGCUGCCCCCCGCGGAGGUGCUCCCCACCCCCUACCGCACCGUGUGCUGGCUGGGGCCCGCAGCCAUCUCCCGGACCCAGAGGAACACCUUCAGCCGGCUGGGGCUGGACCAGCAGGCAGCCGCACAGGCUCCAGACUGGAAUGAAGAGCUGCAGGCCGCCAGAGACCUCCCCCAGGGGACCCUGGAGGAGAGACUGUGGAGAGACCGGACCCUGCUGCAGGUGAACAGUGCCUUCGUGAUGGCGGCGGCCCAGGGUGCAGAGACGCUGGUGGACGGCUUCGCGGAGACGGUCAGCGCGAGCGGAGAGGAGCCGGGCUUCCUCUGGGGGGGGGUCUUCAUGAGCCAGGGCUCGUCCAGCGCCGGGGGGGAGCGGGGCCGCAGGGCUGCCCAGCGGUUGGAGCUGAGCGGGGUCCAGGCGUACAGCGACCUGGGGGAUCUGCAGGCCCUCCACACGCUGCCCACCGCCACCGUGGACUACCGGGGGGUGCGUCUGUCCGCCCAGGGCCUGGCCCCCGGGUCGGACGGCCCCGAGCCGGAGGCGGACCCGGAGGCGGACCCGGAGGCUCCGGCCCCGCCCCCCUCGAGGGGUCUGAUGUACGGGCUGAACGCGGGCCCCCAGGAGUCCCCCAGACGCAGGCAGCUGCUGGUGCUGCUAGCCCAGUCGGCCAAGGCCCUGUCCCUGCAGAGGCACGCGGUGCUGGGCCCCGCGGGGUACCAGGUGCCCCUCUUCACCUCGGUGGACGCCCAGGGCCUGCUGGGCGGCGACGGACGCUUCUACCUGCUGGACCUCGUCCGCACCAUGCCCGCCGACGCCAACUUCUGCCCCGAGGUGGAGGCGGCGGAGCGCGCCCUGACCGCAGGGGGGCAGGUGGAGGAGGUGAAGGAGAUGGCGGAGGGGGAGGUGAAGGAGGAGGAGGAGAAGGACAAGGUUGAGGUGGGGGAGGAGCUGAAGGAGGCGGCGGAAGAGAAGGAGGCGAAGGAGGAGGCGAAGGAGGAGGCGAAGGAGGAGGCGAAGGAGGAGGCGAAGGAGGAGGAGAGGCCCAAGUGUUCAGAAGCAGGAGGAGACCGGUGGCCGGAGAGCUACCACUCGGACACGGGGCUACCCCGGAGGUAUCCUCAUGGCCUGUGCCGGCUGAGACGGGAGCUGUGGCACGCCUUCGUCCAACACAAGCACACGCAGUUCAACCAGCGGGUCAGAGAACUGAUGGAAGAGGACGGGGGCUUUGAAGAGUGUGCAAAACCAGGCGACGCCCGCGCUACCAAAGCAGUGAGGGCGGCGUGUGAGGAGGUGGGCUCCGUCAGCAACCUCAUCUUCGAGAUGCGCUUCAACCCCAACGUGUUCUGUCCAGGCGUGUCCUUCCCCGGCGGUGACAGCGCGGCCACCCGGCUCCAGGAGAGGCUGUUGAGGGAGGCCGCCGCCUUCAUCAUCAAGCAGCAGAUUCCUGACUUUGUGGACUACUGCCUGCAGGGCGUCGAGGUUCCCAUGGACAGCGCCACCCUGAAACAGGCCCUGCACCACAGGGGCAUCAACCUCCGCUACCUGGGCCAUGUGAUCAAAGCCAUCAGCCAAUCAGAGCACAAGGAACGCCUGAGGCACAUACUGCGGCUGGCCCUGGCCGAGGUGGUGGUGCGCUCCUCCAGGAGGGUGUUCAACAGCUUCGUCCAGAGCGUGGAGGUCUGGAGCCUAUCAGCCGCCGUCAGCCACUUCCUCUGCUGCCUAUUGGUUCCCCAAUUCACGCCCGCCCCCGCGGGGGAGGAGCCUAAGAAGAAGUCCAAGCGCCGCGGCGGCCGUGGGGGCGCCGGGGCGUCGGAAACCCCGGCGUGGAGCGCCCCCACCGGGGCGGCGCUGACCGGCCCGGCGCUGUGGAACCUGGUCCGCCAGGACGCCCUGGAGACCUAUGACAUCACGGCCCACCUGGGGGCCAGCGUGAGCCACGUGGUGGAGCAGAACGGCCUGCAGCGGCUGUCCCUGCUCAGGGAGUUCUGCCUGAAGACUGGAGUGCAGUUGAGACUCAGAGACUACUGCCUGGACAACCAAAACAAGGCUCCCAUUGGACCGGACGACGUGCUGAACAUCUUCCCAUUGGUCAAGCACAUCCACAUGCCCGUUGCCGACGCCUUCAAAGCCUUCCGGGCGGCCCAGACCUUCAUAGAGAAAGGUUUGCUGGACCAAGCCCAGGAGCGUCUGAAGGAGACGUCCUACCUGUUUGGUCGUGUGUGUGAUGAGCUUCACCCAGAGGCCUGCCACUGCCUCAGCACGCUGGCCAGAGUCACCUUCCUGCAGGGCAAGACAGCAGAGGCCCGUAGUGCCCAGCUGAAGGCUGUGAUGCUCAGCGAGAGGGUCCUGGGCUUCGACGACCCCAGCACCAUCCAGCAAUACGCUCUUCUGGCGGUCUACCUCGGGGCCGGCGGGGAGAAGGCCCUGGCCCAGAAGUGCCUCCUGAGGGCGCGCCACUUAGUGCUGACCGUCCACGGAGAGGACCAUCCCUACGUCGCCACGCUGGACGGCUGUCUCGGGUUGCUGCUGACCGGGGAGGCCGCGGGGCAGUACCUGGAGAGCGCUCUGAAACUCAACAUGUCCUUCUUCGGCCCCACUGACACCCACACAGCGUUCAGUCAGCACCUGCUGUCCCAGUGGCUGUGCAGUAAAGGGGACUACCGCUCCGCCAUGAGCCACGAGAAGGAGGCCCAGGCGGCAUACUCUGCCAUGUUCGGCGAGGACCACAAACAGACCAAGUGCAGCGCAGAGUUCCUGCGCACCAUUACCCAGCAGGCCGUGCGGGUGGAGCGCAGCCGAAGGGAGGCGCCCGACGUGACGGAGCCGGCGGCGGAGGGCCUGAAGCCGUCCUCAGAGACCGUUCUGGAACAGCUGGCGCUACUCACAGGGAUCAGGAAGAACGCAGAGAGCAAUAGGCUCCAGGAAUUCAAGAAGAGGUUCUGGGAGAUGAAGCUGGCGGAGGCCACAGAGAAGGUGAAGGUCAUCAACGAGAGACUGGUCAGCGCCAAGACCAAGAGGGAAGGAGAGAGCACGCCUGCAGGGGCGGCAGGAGCAGAAGCAGAGGAGACGCCUGCAGGGGCGGCAGGAGCAGCAGCAGGAGGAGAAGGAGCAGCUGGAGCAGCUGUGUGCCUGGAGAACGGGGACGGUGGAGCAGAACAUCCCGAGGAGGCUCUGCCCAGUGGGGGACAGGAGAUCCGGCCCGCGGAGGAACCCUCGGAGGAGAACCGUCCCAGUGCGGCCGUCAACGGUCUACCAGAGGAGCGCUCUGCACCGGGGGAACCAGAGCAGCAGGAGACGGAGAGAGAGGUGGAGCUCCACGCAACCAUGAACGGAGGUCCAGACGUCAAGGGCGAUGACACCCACCACAAAGAAACGGAGACGGGGGAGACGGUUCGUCCGUCCGAGGGGAUGGUGAACGGAGAAGAGGAGGUGAAGAGGGCAGGCUCACACGAGGAGACCAACGGUGUGAAUGGAGUCCACGACGACGACGAAGACGGAGACGACACCGACCUAUCAGGGCUCGAGAAGAGGAAAGAGCACUUGGUGGAGGUCAACGCAAAGUCCACCAAAGCCAACGAAGCGGUCGUCAACGCCGUCAUCGUCGUCAACGGAGGGGCGGGGAACGGCGUGGUGGUGAACGGCGCCCCCGAAGAGUGAAGGGAGUGUCGUGUUAAAGCUUUUACUAAUGUCUCGGGGUGGAAUCAAAGGUAUCUUCAGCUGGUACAGAAACGUGGAGAUGAGUGUUUUGUACCCAACUGCUCGAUGAAGAGGGGACAGAACCGGUUACAUGGGGAGAGGGACUUACUUCUUAGGGAAACGUUUUCUUCCGAUAAUAAAACAUUCUGCUGUUAAAUAAAGAUUUUAAAAGAGA